AUGUCGAAGCCACACUUCUUCCUUGCUCUUCUUCUGCUUCUUCUUCCUUUGCUUUUUGCAUGCUCUAACUCUCUUGCCCUAGAAGAUGACGAUAUCCAUGCAAGGAAUGUGAGCCUCGUCUCGGCGGAAACCGCGUGCAGCUCCACUCCCGACCCUGCCUUCUGCUUAUCCGCGCUGCAUGGCCCUAAUGCCGCCGGCGACUUCCGCCACUUCGGCCGCUACUUUGUGCGGAAAUCCCUCUCCCGAGCAUGCAGGUUUCUCUCCCUGGUUGACGAGCAUCUCUCGAGAGUGUGGGCACGCCUGACGGCUCCCAAGGCCCAAGCCCUCGAGGAUUGCCGCCACGUCGCGGCGCUGAACGUGGAGUUCCUGCUCAAAUCUUCGAAAGCGGUCGAUGACAAGGCCGGGGAGCUCCCGGACCAAGAGGCGGAUGAUGUCCGGAGCAUGCUUAGCGCCGUUCUGACCAAUCAGGCGACCUGCUCGGACAGUCUCCAGUGGGCCGCGGCCGGCUCGAGGAUCAAGGGCGGUCUGCCCGUUCGCCUUUCAGAGGACACCAAGUUGCACAGCGCUUCCUUGGCGCUGUUCAACAAAGGUUGGUCCUCGAGGAAGGGCGAAGCAGCCAUGCGGUACUCCGAGAGCACACUAACACCCCUUAGACUCAGCCAGGUCUCACUGAACAUGUCAAGCCUAGCUCGUGCUUUUCAUGGGUCUCUAAGCAAGAUGAAUAUUUGCGCUGCGGGUCAACAUAACAGAGUGUUGAUCCGCGACAUGGUGGUGGUGAAUAAGGACGGAAGCGGGAACUUCACCAGCAUAAACGAGGCCGUCGCGGCAGCUCCUAAUAACGGUGACGGGUCCAAUGGCUACUUCUUGAUCUACAUAGCUGCAGGCAUCUAUCAGGAGUAUGUUUAUGUCAACUCGAACAAGAAGAACCUCAUGAUGGUCGGAGACGGCAUCAAUCAAACUGUGAUCACCGGAGAUCGCAACAACCGUGAUGGAUGGAGUAUUCUUAGCAGUCCAACAUUUACCGUGGAGGCACCCCAUUUUAUUGCAAUGGACUUGACCUUCCGGAACACAGCAGGGCCGGAGAAGGGACAAGCCGUGGCCGUCCGAAACAGUGCCGACCGGUCCAUGUUCUAUCGAUGCAGCUUUGAGGGGUACCAAGACACCCUCUUUACACACAGCUUCAAGCAAUUUUACAGGGAGUGCGACAUUUACGGCACGGUUGACUUUAUCUUCGGAGAUGCAAACGUGGUCUUUGAGAACUGCAACGUGUACCCCCGCCGCCCCAUAAAAGGUCAGUACAAUGCCAUAACUGCCCAAGGGAGGACCAAUGAGGGCACGGACACAGGCAUCUACUUCCGUAAUUGUACCAUCAGAGCUGCUGAUGACCUGGCGUCGAGCAAUUACUCGGUGGAGACGUAUCUAGGGCGGCCGUGGAAGGACUACUCGAGGACGGUUUACAUGCAUACGUUCAUGGAUAGUCUGAUUCACCCUGCGGGUUGGCACGAUUGGAAUGGGACUGAUUUUGCGCUGAGCACACUUUACUAUGCAGAACACAAUAAUACCGGACCCGGUUCCGAUACCACGAACCGAGUUACUUGGCCUGGAUACCAUGUGAUUAGCGCGGACGAGGCACCGGAUUUCGGCAGAUCAAACUUCUUUCUUGGAUGA